UUUGCUUCUUUUCCGUGAAACCAGUGACAAUCACAUUUUCAGUCAGUUGAACGUUUGGUGUUCUUUUUUUCAGUUUCAGUUUCACUUCACUUCACUUGCAUCUCAUACGACAAACCCUGUACACGAGAGAGUACUGAAAUCACCAUCUUGCAGGUUCCACCCACGUACCCGUUAAAUCAUUUCAACGCUUUUCCUCAAAGUAUAGGUAAAGGUUUCACCUUUGUCUUGGAUUUCAUCAAUCUCGUCUGUUUCCUUCAAAUUCUGAGAACUUCUCUAUCGGUAGGGUCUAAAGCAAAUGGUUUGUGGUUGAAGAGAUGUUGAUUGGUCACGCAGAUCACAUAUCGGAGUCUAGGUCAUUUAAGGAUCAGAUAGCUGACUCUGGGUCUGAAUUAGUUGAUGAUGAAGAAGAUGAUUAUUUGGAACAGAUACUGUACUCAGCAUCCUUUGAAGAGCUUGCAAGCAAUAGCGUUAAAUACGACACAGUCAUAUGGCUUGCUAUAUCAUUGCUACUGGUGUUGGCUUGGGGAAUUGGCCUUUUUAUGUUGCUUUACCUGCCCAUGAGGAGAUAUGUGCUUCAAAAAGAUUUGUCUUCUCGCAGGUUAUAUGUUACACAUACUGAAGUGGUUUAUAAGGUAUCAAGGCCUUCAUUUAUACCAUUUUGGGGGACUGUAACAAUUGAGAGGCGUGUACCUCUUUAUCUGGUGAUUGAUAUUAUUAUUGAACAAGGUUGCCUGCAGUCUAUAUAUGGUAUUCAUACUUUUCGACUUGAAAGUAUAGCACAUGGAAAAGCUGCUACUGUAGAUGAGCUACAAGUUCAGGGAGUUUAUGACCCGUCUCUUUUGAGAAAGAUGAUCAUAACAGAGGCUUCAAAGAUCACACAAGAUGCAAGAACAAGUGCGAUGCAUGCUGCUCCAAUCACAGAUGUGGAAAACAUCACUCGUAUGCCAGCAGCUACUGAAGGAUCUGUUGAUUUGAGAUCACCAUCAAAAAGUCUGAAGACAGCAGGCUCAUCGCAUGCUUCACUGGAGCGCAGAGUAGCUGGAGGGUUGCUGCUUACUAAACUUGAAGAAGUCAAUAAAUCAGUAAAGAGACUUGAGCUGCUUAUUGAGAAGUCGCAUGCUUCUCCCUCCAUCAGAUGAAGGCACCAUAGUUUAGCACUGCAAGAAUUAAAUUGAAUUGAAAGGAGUUUUCAAAUUACUAGAACCUUAUUUAACUAUGGAAAUAGUAAAUAAUGAUUUCAUUAUGUUAGUGCAACUUAGUCACUGCUAUCAAUGACUGACUCUAGAAAAUUCCGGCUGAGGAUUGUAGAUUUUAGAACCUCAAAUUUUGAUUGCAUUAUUGUCUUUACUAUUUUCUUCCAUACUAGAUUUUUGAUUGUAUAUAGCCCAAUUGGUAUAUACCAAAAGCCUCUAUUGGUUUUUCCUUCAUAUAAUAACUAAGUUUUCU